UUUGUCCCCACAUGCACCCUCCUGUUCGUGCGCAUGGACUUUGCUUUCUCCAUGAUUAUCUAAUUAGUUUCUUGCAUGUGAUGCUGCUAUCUCAAGCAAAAACAGCUCAUAUUCAUCAAUCUUCUCCAUCAUUAAUAAUCAUCAUCAUUUAUCAUUGUCGUCUAGUACUUUUCCAACCUUUUCUUUCCUUCCCUUUGUCUGAUUUCUCGAGAAUGUACGUACCUGGUUCUGUCUUCUUCUUCUUUUGCUUCUUAACAUUGAAUAUUCAUGGGGAUUGUUAAGACUGUUUCACGGGAAAGAUAGGGGGACUAGUAGUUAAGCUGGUUGCUUGCGGAUGUGGUGGAUCUUUAGCUAAGUUUUGAAGUGUCCUUCAUCCAAUCAGUAAGUUUUGUUUCUUUAGAAUUGAACCCUUUUGUAUAUCUUGCUUUCUUUCUGUUUUUAGCUCUUUGCUGCUGCCUGCUUGGUUUAUGAGAAAAAGAAAAUGAAGGAAAGCAAAAGAAAAUGACAAGGAAAGUUGUGCUAGGCUCAAAAUGUAAUAUUGCUCAAGUAUAGAAUUCAGAAUUUUGAAAUCCUGUUCUAUGUACUCACACUUUCUCAGUAACCAAAGAUGUUUGGUAAAAGAGAGCUGCAAAAGUCAAUAAAGAACCAACACAGUGUCUGAUGUGCCAAGAUUUGUGAAGAAACUUAGCUGUUCAUCUGCAGAUUUGUUCAACUGUUUGUUACUGAGAGAAAAUGAACAUGAAAAGAAGUCUGCAGUUCAUUUUCUCAGCAUUCCUCAUCUUUGGAGAAGUUUUCUUGUCAAUCACUGCUGACCCAGUUGAUGAUAAACAAGCUUUAUUGGAUUUCCUUCACAAUAUUCGUCACUCUCACCCUGUCAAUUGGCAUGAGAAUACUUCUGUGUGCAAUAGCUGGACAGGUGUGUCCUGUAGCAAUGAUAACUCUAGAGUUACAGCCCUCAGGUUGCCUGGAGUCGGUUUUCGUGGCCCAAUUCCACCCAACACUCUUGGUCGUUUGUCAGCAAUUCAGAUCCUAAGCCUCGGAUCUAAUGGUAUAUCAGGUUCUUUCCCUUAUGAUGAAUUCUCCAAGCUCGGAAACUUAACUAUCCUUUUUCUUCAAUCCAACAACUUCUCUGGCCCAUUGCCUUCAGAUUUCUCAAUUUGGAAUAAUCUCACUAUUCUUAAUCUUUCCAAUAAUGGCUUCAAUGGGAGAAUUCCACCUUCAAUAUCAAAUUUGACUCACCUCACAGCUUUGAGCCUUGCUAACAACUCCCUUUCAGGCAAUAUUCCUGAUAUAAAUGUUCCUAGUUUACAACAUCUAGAUUUAACCAACAAUAAUUUUACAGGAAGUUUGCCUAAGUCUCUUGAAAGAUUUCCAAGUUCUGCAUUUUCUGGUAACAAUCUUUCAUCAGAAAAUGCCCUUCCUCCUGCUCUUCCAGUUCAUCCACCAAGUUCCCAACCAUCAAAAAAAUCCUCAAAAUUAAGUGAACCUGCAAUAUUGGCGAUAGCUAUUGGUGGCUGUGUACUGGGGUUUGUGGUUCUUGCUUUUAUGAUUGUUGUUUGCCACUCUAAGAAACAAAGGGAAGGUGGGUUAGCAACAAAGAACAAAGAGGUGUCUUUGAAGAAAACAGCUUCAAAGAGCCAAGAGCAGAACAACAGGCUAUUCUUUUUCGAGCAUUUUAGUCUUGCAUUUUACUUGGAGGACUUGUUGAGAGCAUCUGCAGAGGUUCUUGGUAGGGGAACGUUUGGGAUAGCUUAUAAGGCCGCACUCGAGGAGGCAACCACAGUGGUGGUGAAGAGGUUGAAGGAAGUGGCUGUGCCAAAAAAGGAGUUUGAGCAGCAAAUGAUUGCUGUUGGGAGUAUUAGGCAUGUAAAUGUGUCUCCAUUAAGGGCGUAUUACUAUUCCAAGGAUGAGAAACUAAUGGUCUAUGACUUCUAUGAAGAGGGCAGUGUGUCUGCAAUGCUACAUGUUAAGAGAGGGGAGGGCCAUAAUCCUGUGGACUGGGAAACAAGGCUGAAAAUUGCAAUUGGUGCAGCAAGGGGCAUUGCUCAUAUCCACACACAGAAUGCUGGCAAACUUGUCCAUGGAAACAUAAAAUCAUCAAACAUUUUCCUCAAUUCCCAAGGAUAUGGCUGCGUAUCAGAUAUCGGUUUGGCAUCAUUGAUGAGCCCAAUGCCCCCACCAGUAAUGAGGGCUGCAGGCUAUCGUGCCCCAGAAGUAACAGACACCAGGAAAGCAACCCAUGCAUCUGAUGUCUAUAGUUAUGGGGUUUUGCUGCUUGAGCUUCUCACUGGAAAAUCCCCCAUGCAUACCACGGGUGGUGAUGAGGUUGUUCACUUGGUGAGGUGGGUGAAUUCUGUGGUAAGAGAAGAGUGGACUGCUGAAGUAUUUGAUUUAGAGCUCUUAAGGUAUCCUAAUAUUGAGGAGGAAAUGGUGGAGAUGCUACAGAUAGGACUAUCUUGUGUAGUGAGGAUGCCAGAGCAGAGACCCAAAAUGCCUGAUGUGGUGAAAAUGGUUGAGGAAAUUCGGCAAGUAAGUACCGAAAACCCACCAUCCUCUGACAGUAAACUAGAAAUUUCAGUUGCAACCCCAUCACCACAAGCAGCUGAAGUAGGUUCUACCUCUUCUGUUCAACAGUGAGAUUGUUUCUUCCUGCUAUUAGUUGUUGUAAUACAAUUUGUCUUCAAAUUUUUGAAUUGGGCAGUUGGUUUGGGUUAAUUGAGUUUAUUUGCUGUAUAUCUUUAUAUUUCUGUGAGAAAUUUUGUCAUGAAGUUAGUUUAACUACCCACUUCAAGCCUCCAACUGUAGGCGAAGACAAGUUGGGUUCUCUUCUGUUGUAUUAUUUAGUCAGGACUUCGAUGUUUUGCCUACGAGUCUGUAAUUUUUGCAGCAUAAUGCAACUCGAUCUCUCUCUGUAUUUUGAGGGUGUGUUUGAGAAA